AUGUUUGAUACGGCAGCAACUGCCUUUUCCUAUCAUGGUUCGAACUCUCAAAAUUCAAAAGGUCUUUUUAGCAAUAUGACUAUCCCAUCUUCUCUUCCCACACAACUUUUAUCAUCUUCUUUAUCUAUGUUUCCUUUGAGUGGUUAUUUUAGUCAACAAGAAAAAUCUUCUCAAAAUCUACCUUCCUCUAGUACAAAUGAUUUAACUUCUCCAACUGCUCCUCAACAACCAACUCAUAGUGUUUCUCGACGGGUAGCUCAUCAAAAGCAACAACCCUCACAAAAAAAUCCUCUUUCUACGGCCAUCGUCUCUAAUCCGGAAGCCAGUAACAUGAGUAACCUUAUUUCUGCCAGAACAAAUCAGCCUGCUCCAGCAACUACUACAUCAAACAAUAAUCGUCGUAAUUCUAUGUCUAAUGUACCCCCUUCCCAACCACCCACCACAUCACAUCCUCAUAGAAGAAGGAAACCUUCUAAUAAAUUAAAUAGAAAGAAAAUUGACCAGGCUAUUGCUUUCUCUGCCUUUGCUGUCGAAGAAGAUCAUCAAGGAAAUCCUGAUUGUGCUUUGGAUCUCUAUUUUCUUGGUUUAGAACAUAUGCUCGAAGCUCUUCCAAAUGCUUUGGUAGCAAAAUUACGAGACUUUAUGGAUCGUACAGGCUUAUCGGAAGAUCCUAAUGAAACUGAUGAUUCCUCAAAAACACAAGUUUCUUCCUCUACCUCGCAACGUAGCAGGUCUGAAGGUCCCGGAAUAUCACAACACAUAAUUCAGGCAGCAAUCACAAGUGCUGUGGCGCUUAAACAGUCACCAAUUCCGGAUGCUAUAUCAGCGACUGUUAAUUACACUAUGAAUAAAAUUAAAGUUAUUGAUGAAGCUUACGGUUUGCAAGAUAAAGCUUGGGAAAUUUCUCGUACUGGUAUCAAUUUGGCUCUAGAGAUCGAUCAACAAUAUAAUGUGCACGAAAAAGUUGGAAAUGCUCUAUUCAUAGGAUUAGCCGCUGCUAUGAAGGCUGGAAUUGCUUAUAAAGAUUCACCUUCAUAUCGUGAUUUGAAAAAAAUGCAAGUAGAUUACGGAACCGCCGGAAAUGAUAAUACUCUUACUAUUACUGAUGAAUCUUGA